AGUAGCCCUUUUGGCUCAAACAGUUUUGGCUCGAGACAGCCAGUGUGCCAAUACUGUCUGCGUCAUGGCUGUGGCAACGGCGUGCUCCGGGCUUGUUGUAUUCGUUGCAGCUUUCUCGGCCUGGUCAUUGAUGCCUUACACCACGCCUAUGACGCCAGAGCGAAUUGCGAAGUAUGGUAAGUGGGCCGUGGUGGCUGGAGCUAGUGAAGGCCUUGGCGCUGCUUGGGGUGAUGAACUGGCGACUCACGGGCUGAACGUGCUUCUGAUGGCACGCUCGCCGAAUAAGCUUGAAACCGUUGCUCAAGCAAUUCGGCAGCGCCACGGUGUGGAAGUAGUGACCUUGGUGCAGGACCUCAUGACCAUUACCAAGCAGGAUGUGUUGGAUAAGGUCAUUUCGGAUCGCGAUGUUGGUUUCUUUGUGUUCAAUGCUGCCUACAUGGCAGGAGGGGAGUUCUUGACGCAGCCAUUGGAGGAACAUUUGAAGGUAUCCCAGCUCAACGUCAAUACACUCCUGACAAUGACGCAUCCGAUUGCUGAGUAUAUGAAGACUCGCGGCCACGGUGGAAUGGUUCUUAUGGGAUCUAUGGCCGGAACCGUUGGUACUGCUUAUUACCCGACUUAUUCUUCAACGAAGAGCUUCAUUGCAUCAUUAAGUCGAGCCUUGUGGUACGAACUGAGACCACACAACGUAGACGUCGUAGGUUGCAUCGCAGGCGCAACGACGACACCAAGUUACUUAAGUGCGGCGGCUGAAGCUGGUGAUCAGCGCAGCACAAUGAUUGAACAGUCCCCUGAAGCUGUGGUAACCGAGUGCCUGGCAGCAUGUGGGUCUACUGGCGCUGUGGCAACCGGAGCCCUGAACAAAUUGUCACAAAUGUUGUUGAAGCAUUGGUUACCAGCAGACCAGGCGGUGCAGUUUAUUUCCAAAGUGACAGACCUACAGACUCGGGGCGGUCAACGCUGACGGCUAAGCCCCAGAGAAUUAUUCAGGUGGUUGUGUGGAUGCUCCGCCGUACAGUUAUGCAAUGUUGGAUUUGGCUGAUACGGGUUCCCAUUGACCAGAGCAUACACAGACACGGUCGCGCGUGUCUUGUAAGUCGUACCGCAAAUUCUGGCGUCGCUGCCUUUCUGCAAGAACAAGCAUAUUGCGAUGGAGCGUAUACUUGCCGUCACCAAGCAGUCAAUACGUUCUCGGGAUGUGGUAGGUCAGACAGUGGGUGGGCCGUGCUGUCAGUUGAUCUUGGGCCCCUGGUCCCUGGAGCCGUAUGGUGGAGAGUCUUGCGCGCUCCUGCAGGCUUCUUCCCGCGCUUGCGCCACCGCAGACCAUGGCCUGCGGCUUGUCACGCCAACCUGUUCCACUUCAUACAUUUUUGUUGAUCCAGGGCUCAGUGGGUCCUGGAAACGACAGGGCCGUUUUUUUACCGGUUCCGUUUUGCCGUUUUUGUUGCCGGUUCCGACGCCGUUUUUGUUACCGGUUCCGUCGCCGUUUUUUGACCGGUUCCGGCUCCGGUUCCACUCCUAGAGCCGUUUUUUUGCCGUUUCCAGCCGCCG